CGACUAUACGGGCUACGGCUUACUCCAGGAGAGGACCCUUCAUUUUACGCUGUUCUGAAUUUCUGAUUACAGUUUCAGCAGAGAAGAAGAAAAGGAAAAGAAGAGACGAAGGCGAGGCAAAAGGCCAUGGCCAUGGCGUCUUCAACUCCAUCGUUAUGCCUCUAUAUUCCUGUCCUCGUCAUAGCCGUCUCCCUGAUCUUGACUUCUCUCCGGAACGUAGAGGCAGCUUCACUUUUAGAACACGAGAGAGAAAGACAAGUUGGAAGAAGAAGCGAAGCAGGAGGACGUCGGUUGCUGCUGAGUUUCAGGGAAACCCCAGGAGGAGGGAACGCCACUUUUGAAUGCUCACCUUCAGGUCCCUGUGUUCCUUGCCUCUACUCCGAAAAGAAUGAUGAGAAAUAUCACUGUAGCGAGACUGGCUACCGCAUUCCUUUGAAAUGCGUAGAAACUAAAGACAGCUCACAGAAAGAAAAUGGCAAGAAAUCUCAGAAAAGCCGAUCAGUCUUGGAGAAUUUGCAUGAACUUGCUAUUGCUUUAAGUCAUAGAAGGUUGCUGGAUGAUUCAUCCACAUUGGAGGGUAGAAGGCAGGCUUACAUUACUUAUAGAAGCUGUAUUCCAGCAGUAAAUGAAGAGAAGUUGUCAGUGCUUGGUUUUGAGGGGAUUAUGUUAUGUCUGUUGAUGGUUAGCAGUUCAGUUUUUUAUUUCAGACGAAAACGAACUUUUGCCAUGUCUGGAGUUGGAGCAGCAAGAACACAAACCAACUCUAGGUUCUAAUGCACACUGGAGAACAUGAUAAUGAAGCAGCCUGCAUAUUCCUUUGCUUUGAUUUGUUUCCUCCAUCUUAGUUUGGCCUUUUUCUUCUCCUUUUUCCUUUUUUUUUUUUUUUUGCAUAAAUGGUACAAAAGGAUCAUGUACGCAUUAGCAUUCUCUUGUAUGACAGUCGAAUACAAAAGAUGGUGUUAAUAUAGACAUCAAAAAACAUAUUGUAAAAAAUCGUUUACACCAACGCAUAAACCUUCAAUCA